AUGGGUCUACUACUGCACACGACACCAAAGCUACCGCAUCAAUCUCAAGAUAGUAACUAUAAAGCAUCUUCGCCAGCACCAUCCCAAACAAAUCGGAAUGAGCACCUAACACUACAUCGACGCCAUAAGGCAACACCCGAGAAAAGCAAGGUGUGGUUCAAGAGAAAAAUUUUGUCUUCUGAUGCCGACGAAACCGAUGACACCGAGUACGGCGAAUCUGUUGAGGACAAUGGAAGUGCAUCCGAUUCCAUAGAAAAAACACCAUCCCCAAGGAAGCCAAUCCAGUUACCGGGCCAAAAAUUUUUUGAGUUUGCUUCUACUCCAAUCAAUCCAGAUUCAACUGUAUCUUUUCUUUCGCCAAUGAGGAUGUUGAAUGACUUGCACUUGAAAUCGCAAGUAUUUGAUACAGAGUCAGAUGCUUCAGAUGAUAUCCAUACUGAUGCAGAAGGUAACAUGGUGGAAACGAUACAAGAACAAAGCGACAAUGAAGUUGGUCUAGACGAUGAUGGAAACUCUGUUGGAAACAAGACAAUGAUUAACAAUUCAGAUGAAUCAGAUGAUGAGUUCCCCAUUUCACCUCCCAAAUUCAUCAAUAGAAAGAAGAGGAUGCACCUGGAUGCUAUUGAGUCCAAAAUUGUGACUCCGCUUACGCUGCAAGAUUCUCACAUGUCUAUAUGCAAUACCACCGCCCAUACAGCCAAUUCUUCAACUUUGAAGUUGAGUUUCUCAACAAAUGACUCUACACCGUGCCCUCCUCAACCCAAACGAAAGAAACUCAAGUUCAAACAUGCGUCCACGGAAACCAUAUUGGAUUUGAACUACGCACGCAAGACAUCGUUACAAGAACUAGCGCACAGACCGCAAGGACCCUUACAAUCGCUUGACGAUCAUGAUGAUGAUGACGAUGACCAUGAUGAUGAAGAGAAAGAAGAAGAAGAAGAAGCGGAAGAAGCGGAAGACGACUACAAAAACAAUUCAAACUCGUUCGAUAACCACAAUGGCUUGGAAUCUACGCCAAUAUCACAAUCUACACCAACUUCACUGAGAGCAUCAACUCCACCACUACCGCCACCUCCAUCUUCUACCGCCACCACGCAAGAAUACGGUCCUAGUGUGAAUGGCUACAAAUUUGUGCGUCAAAGGCCGAGUUCAUUUCAGUUCAAAUAUGAAACCCCUAUUAAUGGGAAUAGAUAUGCUCAAAUGCGCCAUUCAUAUUGCAAACAGAAUUAUAGCGUGGUAGGAGAGUUGCCUGUGACAUCAGCGGGAAUGAUGGAUGAAGACGGUGUGCAUGUUGGAGACAGACGAAUUAACGACCCAUACCUUACUUCGCAGUACACAGAGACAGCGUCGGUGAAUGACAGGAUAAGACUUGACUAUCACAAUAAUUUGAAACUACCUUUACCCCCACCUUAUUUUGAUCAAGACAAUCUUUCAACUGACCAAAUCAAGCAUCUUAUAACUCAAGAUUCUUUGAAACAAUUCUAUGACAUGAUAGUUCAGGGCUCAAUGUUGGAUUUGUUGAGACAAGAACGUAUCAAGUGGCAUCCCGACAAAUGGGUGGGCAAGUUGAGACAAUAUCCUCAUACGAAUAUAUCUUUACCCAUCAUUGACCGAUUGAGUCAGACGAUAAAUGCAUUGAUCGACAAUUACAAUUAA